AUGGUGACCUGCAAGCGACCCGUCAUCCUCCUUAUACUUAUAACCUUCGUCACCUCAGCUGCUACUCAUGUCUUCUUCCCAAGCAACACAACUAGCAGUAAUACCACUGGCACCCCCUACAAUCUCACCGCUCCUAUAAUCAUUGAUACCUUCAAUAACUCACAUCACAACACCCUAGGCUUCUGGCACGGUGGCUUAGAAGGACUCAAAAUUGACUAUGGCCGCAACUACGUCCGCUUCUACCCAACAGAUCCCGACCAUAACUACAAUACGCAGCUCUCACCAGCAACAUGCUUCAACCUUCUACCCUACAGGACAACCCACUACUUACAUCUUCAAUUCACCGGUCAUACCAACUUCAGCGUUUCCCUUACCCAGAAUAACAUCCAUUGCGACUCCACCCGCAGUCCGUUUCCUGAAACCUGGGACUCUGUCGAGGCCGCCCGAUAUGCACGCGGAAACGACAUAUACAUUCCUCUCUGGCAUUUCUACAUUGAUCACUCCCGAGCCGUGUCAGUAUCUUUCAACGGCUUCUACUCGCCUGGAGCGGUUACUCUCUACAAAGUUGAACUUGUCAAUGCUGGUAGUGUACCCGCUGGGUUUCCGAUCCCACGUCGCGUGGACAAUGGUCGUGUGCUACUGAGAUGCUCCCGACCCGGAUCGUUUGCGUUUGGAAUAGACGAUGGGCAACCGAAGUUUGCUCAGGAAGUGAUGAAGAUACUCGAGGAGGAGAAUAUUCUGGUCACGUUCUUCGUGGUAGGAUUGGGAUUGAGAGACCUGGAGACCAACUUCUCAAGUGUCUAUGGAGAGAUGUUGAAGCGAGGACAUCAGGUAGCUCUACACUCGGACACGCAUCGAAAAUUGGAAGGGUUGGAUUCUGUUGAAGCUAUUGAUCGAGAGAUUGUGGAUAAUAUCAAGUCGUUUCGACAGAUCCUUGGGAUUGAGAGUCGCUAUUUCCGCCCUCCUUACGGCACACUUGGUGCGAGAACCCGUCAACGGCUGGCAAAAUAUAUCAAGGAUCCCCAGAUCAUCAAUUGGAGUGUGGAUAUUGAGGAUUGGCUUUGGGCGGACACGAAAACCCCCGAAAAGCAGCGCGAGGCCUUUAUUCGAGACGUGAAACGCGGGGGCAAUCUGGCUGUCAUGCAUUAUCUCAGUCCGACUACAGUACAAUACUUCCGCGAGGUCAUUCGAUUUGUGAAGAGCAUGAACGCGACGAUUAUGCGCAUUGAUCAAUGCCUGGAAGAUCCACAAGCUCCCCCUCUAAAGAUUGCAGCCCCUUGA